CUCUGUCGCACUGUGACCUGCACUGGCGGUGGGGGUCGUAGGAAGGACUCGGGGGACCCAGGAGCCCUAGGAAUGGACUCAGUGGCAAUUGAGGACGUGGCUGUGAACUUCACCCCAGAGGAGUGGGCUUUACUGGAUCCUUCACAGAAGAGACUCUACAGAGAUGUGAUGUGGGAAACCUUCAGGCACCUGGCCUCAGUAGGAAUAACAUGGGAAGAUGAUGAUAUUAAAGAUCAGUGCAGAGAACAGGGGAGAAAAGUAAGAAAGCAUGUGCUAGGGAGACUCUGUGAAAAUGAAGAGGGUAGUCAGUGUGGAGAAAAUGUCAGCCUUCUUGCAAAUCUCAGUCUGAACAAGAAAACUACAGGAGCUAAACCAUGGGGAUGCAGUGCAUGUGAAAGAGUCUUCACACAUCAUUCAUUGCUGAAAACACACAUUAGAUGUCACACUGAACAUAAAACAUAUGACUAUCAAACAUAUGGAGAGAAGCCAUAUAAAUGUAAGGAAUGUGGGAAAGCCUUCACUUACCUCACUUUACUUCAAACACAUGAAAGAACUCAUACUGGAGAGAAACCCUAUGAAUGUAAACAAUGCAGUAAAGCAUUCACUUCUUCCAGUUAUCUUAAAAUACAUGAAAGAAUUCAUACUGGAGAGAAACCCUAUGAAUGUGAGAAAUGCAGUAAAGCAUUCACUUGUUCCAGUUCUCUUCAAAUACAUAGAAGAAUUCAUACUGGAGAGAAACCCUAUGAAUGUAAGAAAUGCAGUAAAGCAUUCACUUGUUCCAGUUCUCUUCAAAGACAUGAAAGAACUCAUACUGGAGAGAAACCCUAUGAAUGUAAACAAUGCAGUAAAGCAUUCACUGCUUCCAGUUCUCUUCGAGUCCAUGAAAGAAGUCACAGUGGAGAGAAACCCUACGAAUGUGAACAAUGUGGUAAAGCGUUCACUUCUACCAGUCAUCUUUCAAUACAUAAAAGAACUCAUACUGAAGGGAAACCCUAUGAGUGUAAAAAAUGCAGUAAAGCAUUCUCUUCUUCCGGUUCUCUUCAAAGACAUGAAAGAACUCACACUGGAGGGAAACCGUACAAAUGUAAAAUAUGCAGUAAAGCAUUCACUUUUUCCCGUUAUCUUCAAAGACAUGGAAGAAUUCAUACUGGAGAGAAACCCUAUGAAUGUAAAAAAUGCAAUAGAGCAUUCACUUUUUCUAGUUAUUGUCAAAGACAUGAAAGAACUCACACUGGAGAGAAAGCCUACAAAUGUGAAAAAUGCGGUAAAGCAUUCACUUGUUCCAGUUAUCUUCAAAGACAUGGAAGAACUCACACUGGAGAGAAACCCUACAAAUGUCAAAAAUGCGGUAAAAUGUUCACUUGUUCCAGUUCUCUUAAAAUACAUGGAAGAAUUCAUACUGGAGAGAAACCCUAUGAAUGUAAAAAAUGCAGUAAAACGUUCACUUUUUCCAAAUCUCUUCGAGUCCAUGAAAGAACUCACACUGGAGAGAAACCCUUUGAAUGUAAAAUAUGUGGUAAAGCCUUCAGUUAUCCCGCUUCUCUUUCAAAACAUGAAAGAACUCACACUGGAGAGAAACCCUAUGAAUGUAAAAAAUGCGGUAAAGCAUUCACUUCUUCCAUUUAUCUUCAAAGACAUGAAAGAACUCACACUGGAGAGAAACCAUUUGAAUGUAAACAGUGCAGUAAAGCAUUCACUUUUUCCAAAUCUCUUCAAGUCCAUGAAAGAACUCACACUGGAGAGAAACCAUCUGAAUGUAAAAUAUGCAAUAAAGUCUUCACUGCUUCCAGUUCUCUUCGGGUCCAUGAAAGAAGUCACAGUGGAGAGAAAGCCUCAUGAAUGUCAGGAAAGUGAGACAGGCUUUACUUCUCAUGCAAACUUUUGAGGAUAUGCACAAAUGCACAGGAGAGGAUAAACCAUGUAGACAUAAACAAUUUGGGAAAGACUUUUGUCAUCCCAGUUCUUCCUGAAGGCAUGAAAGGACUCACUUGAUAAAAAUGUCUUGAAAGUAAACAGCAUGAGAAAGACAUCAAUUGGCCUACAUCCUUCUAUGUGAAACUCCCACCAAAAAGAAAUGUAAAUGUAAGUCAUGUGAGAAAGCUUCAUGGAAAUUAAUUGUAUAUGACGUUGUGGAAAACUUUCAACAUGAAAGAGUUGUUAUAAAAUAAAUAGAUUGUAUCUAUCAAGCCUUUCUUAAAGUGCCACAUUGGACUGUGGAUUUCUAUUAAUUACUUCAGAAAUGAAUAUUGAGGUGAGAUGAUUCUGCUAGUCAUCCUUCAUAGAUAGUAAAUAAGAUUCAUAGGUAGUGCUUUUCCCUUACAUCAGUUAAUAUUUUAUCUUUAGUUUUUUAAUAAUGUUUUAAUUGUUCUGUGUUAGGGGGCUAUUGGAAAGUGGCGGUUUGUAUUUGUCGUGAUUUUCUUACUGGCCUUGUAUUUACAGUUCUUGCAUGUGCCUCAUCCAUUGUACAUAUUGUACAUGUUUCAGAGAAAGCUCCUUUUUGGGGGGUGGUGGGUGGAGGAGCCUGUUUUUAUGUUCUGUACUAUUAAACAGUUGGGAAAAAUUUAUGUGUGGCAAGUUUAUCCAAGAGUGUACUUCCUGUGAAUUCUUAUUUUCCUAUUUGGGCCUUUGCGGUUCAUCCUUCCUUCUGACUGGUAUUUGGUGAAUAGACUUUGAGUUAAGUAGAGACCUGUGGCAGGGCAACAAAAUCAAGAGCUAGAUCUUUAAGAAUCCACCCCAUUGCUGCCUCCUUGUUGGAAUCCACCAAUGGCCUCACUUGCAUGAGAUCUGGAAGGCAGAAGCACACAAGGCCUUAGGCAGAUUUUCGAGCCAUCACACACAGAGGGAGACAGUUACAUAGGAGCUUCAAGGACACCACCUUCCAUCCCUUUUUCUGGAUUCUUUUCCCUUCUUGUCAAGAGUAUCUUGAUAACCAGCAAUAACUAGUUGAUUUCCAUUUUGUUAGAGAUGCAUUUUCCACCAGUUUCACAUCAAAGAUCCAUUCGAGUUAGGGUCUUUCUGUAAGGCCUCUUGUGUCCACCA